GCGGUGUCCACUUCCAUUGUCUUAAAACACCCCCAAUUCCUUAUCCCUCUCUUUCCCAUCCCCAAACCCCAUACUCUUCUCCUCCCAAUCCCAAUCCCAAUCCCAAUCUCAUUCAUGGGUUGCAUCAACAGCACCGCCGCCGACUCCCCGACCAUCCGCCGAAGCACGCGCAGAGCCAUCUCCACCGUUGCCACUGACGCCGCCACACUCCACUCCCUCUCCUUCACAGCCCUCCGCGCCGCCGCCUCCGCCCUCAUCGAUGUCAACCGCGAUGCCCUUGACAACAUCGGCCAGCUCAAAGAUGAGAUCUCCUCCAACCCUGACCUCCUCUUCUUCGUCAAACACUACCUCCAGAUCAGCAUCGACACUCUCCAAUUCUUCACCGCUCUCAAGGACUCCCUCUCCAAAGCCCGUGAAACCGAGCUCCUUGUUCGUGACGCCCUGCUCCUUUUUGAAGAUGGUCAUGACCCCUCCGCAGCGCUCGAGAAGCUCCAGGAGUUCAAGGACGAGGGCGAUCCCUUCACUGAGAAGUUCGUCGAUGAGUUCAAGCUCUUGUGCGAGCGCCAGCAGUCCAUCCUCCAUGAUCUCCUCCUCCGCAAGAAAGAUCUAGAUCAGAAGCUCCGUGAAGUCAAGGCAUGGAGGAAGGUCUGGAACAUUGUUUACUCUGCUGUCUUCGCUGCCGUUUUGAUCUCCUCCGUUGUGCUCGCUGCUGUUGCUGCGCCGCCGGCGGUGACAGCCGCUGCUGCGGCCGCGUCCGGCGCCAUGGCGCCGCUCCAGCAGUGGCUGGAUUCAUUGUGGGACAACUUUCAGAACCCCUAUGAGGAGGGCAGGAAGAUCUUUGAUUCACUGGGAAAGGAGACCUCAUUCGCUAUUCAUGAGCUGAAUAGCAUUAGGUCUCUUGUUGAUAAUUUAGAGGGAAAGAUUAAGUCUAUGAUUCACAGAGCUGAGUUCGCCAUUAAUGGGGAAAAGGAAGAAGAGGUGAAGGUGGUCAUGAUUGAGAUCAAACUCAAGGCCGGAGAGUUUGCGAAGAGUGUGGAGCAAUUAGAGAAGGAGGUGGACCGGCGAGGUGAUGAACUAAAGAGGGCCACUGCUACUAUUUUGCAAACUGUCACUGACUGAAUCAAAAGGUACACAAAAAUUUACUUAAAAAAAAAUUGAUUUUUAGUGGGU